AGCCUCCCUGAUCGAUUCUAGAACAUUGCACAACAAAUCACUCAAAAGCCCGCCUUCGGACACAAAUUCAAAAAGUAAUUACAUCAACAUCUCCAGGUUGAAGAAGGCGAUGCUACCGGCGGCGAUCAAGAUGCCGGUCAGGGGAAAAUCUGGGAAGAUGCCACUUGGGGACGUAUCCAACCACAAAUACGCCCGAACUUCCUCCAAAUCUGUCACUAUAGCCAACAGAAAGGAAAAUGUUAUCAAGUCUAAGGUUGAAGAGCAAGAGAAUUCUCUCGAUCGCCUCCUUCUAGUUCAAUCCGAUCUCUCCACCCUCACUCACCAGAUCGAUGAACUCGUUGUGAAAGCAUUUGAAUUGAAGGAAAUGGACAAACAAGGGAAGCAAGAGAUCGAAUCUUUCACUCAUGUCUUAUCUGAUAUGCUGUCUUCUUUGAAGCCCUGGGUUCCCAGGUUGCAGAAGGUGUUCUCUCAACCAUCAAAAGAGUCUGAUGAUGGUAUAAGACAAUCAUUGGCUAGUGAAAGCAAUACGUUGGUUAAUGAUAUGGAAAACAACGUUAUUGAUAGCCCAGACCAUGCUGAAGCUCAAGAUCUGAUCUCUCCUUCACCCCUUGUAUCAUGGCGUGCUGGAUGCAAUAUUGAGAGAGGAAGACAAUUGUUUUUACUCACACCUCUCCCUAUUUCUAAAUCACUCUCAUCUAAAUAUGUGGCACAUUCUAAAUCUGUUCUUAAUGGAAUGACUUCGGGUAUACUCAAGGAUGCACAACCAUGUUUUAUUGCUUGUGGAGAUUUAAACGAGGAUACACUUGAAGGCGAUGGAAUUGAGCCUAGUGUUGGUAAGCCUUCUGGGUCUGAUUUAACAACACUGGAGCAGAAUCUGCUUGAAUGCAAUGGGAUUGAGGUUGGUGUUGGUAAGCCAUCUGGGUCUGAUUUAACUAAACUGGGGGACAAUUUGGUAGAAGGUAACGGACUUGAGCCUAGUGGUGCUGAGGCUUCUGGUGGGUCUGAUUUAACUCAGGCAGGGAUAACUCAUCAGCGUGGAUUUGCUUCCCCAACAUUGUUAUCAAAGAAGAAUUGCUCUAUGUUAGUUAUGACACCAUGCUUUAAAAUGUCACCUCCAAAAUCUUGUGUGCUGCUUGAACCCAUUUCAGAGUCAUCACAUAAAGAUAAAAAAAGGUUUUACAAGGCCACGCCUUUUCCUGUUGGAGUUCAUGAUUACUCUUCUGGCAGUGAUGCUUCUGAUGGGUUGGCUUUAAAGUAUCCAGAACUCUUAGGAAUUCAACAGGCUCACAAAUCAGGAAUUAGAAAGAAGGUUGAAGCCUCACCAGACUGGUAUAUGUCACCUCCAAAAACAUGUGUUUUACUUGAGCCGUCUGAUUCUCAUUCAGUGGAAAUUGCUACUUGUGAUGGAUGUCACGAAGCCAAUAAAUCUUGCAGCCAUCAAGUUGGGGUCAGCUUGCCGCACAUAGAUAACACUCCCAUGUUGAAGGAAUGUGAAAGUGUGUUCCGGGUUGGCAAACGUGCUGGGGAGGAGACUCUUAAGAAAGAAUUGUGGCUGAAAUUCGAAGCAGCCUCAGCCAAUCUAUUUCGCUGUGAACAAGCUGUUCAAAAGACAUCAAAGAAAGGCUUCCUGGACUUGUUGGAUGAGGUUUCAUGUGAUUAGAGUUGGAGCUGAUACACCUUUGAAAUGCAUACCGUGAAGGGGAUUACAGCAGAUGUUGUGGUGUGCCUAACUCGGCCAGGAGAAAGAAUCUAUAAAAAGCCGUACUCCUCAGUGCGUAGGAAGCUAAAACUUGUGCCGAUGCUGGAAGCAAAUAUGUUCUAGAGAAUGGCUCUGUCUAGUACUAGUAGGCUACAUUUUGUCCUGUAAGCAUAAGCAAAAGUUGUAUAUUCUCAUGUAUACGACUUUCCACAGAUAUUGUGUGCCUUUAAUGAUAAAUUGGUUGUCCAAUUUAACUAAAUUUUCUUUGAAGGACAUUCAGCAGUCAACUUCAGCAAGCCAAUGAUGUGCACCAAGUGUACAAGUCAAGUUUUAAUAUAGUGGUUAAGAGAGUUUUCGCUAUGAA